UACCUGUUAUUCUGGCUUGUGUGUAUACAUAAGCUUUUAGAAGACUGAAAUGUCUCAUUUGUUUUCUGGAAUAUUGUCUUUCUUAAUUUAUAACACCUAUAGAAAGGGAUUGAUCAGUUAGGUCCAGGAGGCAGCUAAUAACCUCUCUGUGAAUGAACUGGUCCUAGCCACCAUGAGUCAGUUGUACACUCAAGCCAAAGAAAUUCUUUGUAGAUCCUAAGGACUGCCAGAAAGUUUCUAAUAUAUUCUUUCUGAACAAGCUCCUUGAAUGAGUUAUUUCAUGAAAUUCUAGAUUCUGUUCAGCUUGGGCACAUUUCAAGCUCGUUUCAAGUCCAGGAUUGCCCCAAAACAUAUUUUAUUGUCUAAUGGAUUGUGAUAGGAAAUGAACAGGAGGAAUACUGCUUUAUGGGCCAUUUAAAGAAUUAGGUUAUUUGUAGUGUAACAAUAACCAUCUCCUUCCUUUUCAUCAAACUUGGAUGAGGUGAUGAAAACUAGCAGGCACACCAAUUUCUGUAACAGAAAUGCAUCAGAAUAAACUUAGAUAAUAUUUAACUUUCAUAAUUUAAAGUAGGAGAUACAGUAGGUAAAAUGACAUCUUACAGAUUUUGAAUUACAGUUCCAGCAAUCACUUUCCAUAAAUUAUGCUGAAUAGGGUUAAUGGGUGUUGAAGUUGUGUGUCCCUCAUCUAAAAAUGUUUCGUCUGUAAAUGUGAAAAGAUAACGAAUACACUGCUAUUACAAGAUAUUGUCAGAACAAAGUAUUAAAAUUGUUUUUCGAUAUAUACAGGUAACAUACUUUUUUACCCUGUUCAACUGUUAAGAAUAGCUAAUAUUUGUAAUAAAGUAUCUAUGUGUUCUGCUCCCCAGCUUUUCUAGCAGUUUUUGGUAGAUACACUUCUGGGCAGAAGGAAUGAAUGUUUGUUGGAGAAAGCAAAAAAUGGCUGUGAGCGGGAACAUGCUUCUGUCCACUUUGUUAUACAGAAAUGAGAGUUGGAUGCAUUAGGAAAAACAUAAAAGUAACUCAAAAUGCAGUGGGCAUGGGCUGUUUCAGGAAGGAACAGCAUGAAAAGGUUCUGACUACUGAGGUAGAGGAACAACCUACAUUGCCAGGGUCCACAACUGAAACAUCUAGGACUAGUGCCCACCUACUUAAAGUAGUAUUAUCUAUAGAUCAGGUACCAGAAGUUUCUGAGGCAACACCACAAGCUCCAGCACCACGACCUGAGACUCAGUCUCCUACUUCAUCUUUGCAAACUCUUGGAGCUUUGCUUACUCAGAAAAAAGGUGAAUUUCCACAGGGUUUGGUCAGAUCAGUGGAAACCCUUGUGCAGGCUCAACAGGCAUCACCUCAAGAAGUGGUACAACAAUCUGCUCCACUAGCUGAAGUUGCUGAGGAACCUUUGGACGAGCCAAUGCCGACAGUGUAUCUAGAUCCUUUUGAGAUUUCACUUCAGUAUGUGGAGAAGCAUAACAUCCUACAGAUAUUUGAGGAGAUCACGGAAAACUUGGUAUAUGAGAAACCUGAGAAUCCAUUAGAGUUUAUAUUAAAUCAGGUCCAGGCAAUGAUAAAUAACAGGAACCAACAAGAGGAAGGGGAAUGGCAAUAAUAAAUACAGCCAACUGAAAAUUCAAGAACAUAUCCUUGGACACUCUCAUGAAGGCAAUAUGCUUCCAUGUUACCCUUUUUUAUCCUCUCUAUCUGCAUAUCCUGUGUAUCUAAACAAUGUCAGUGGUAACCGAUUACUUCCCAUGCAGAGGCUUUGUGAGUUACCUAGGAUAACAACCACAAAACCGGAGUUGCCUUAGGAGCACAAAUAGCAGAGAAUAUACAUUUUAGGAAAAACCUAUCUAUGUAAGGAUUGUACUUCUCAUUCAGUGCUACUGCACUAAUCUUCUUCAUACCCUGAAAUUGUAAAAGUAGCUGAUUUCAGAAUGAGUAAUGUAAAUAACUUCUCCCUGUCUUCUACAGUGGGUAAUGUAAAAAUACUCUCCCUGCAUAUUUUUUUUUUUUUAAAAAAAACCUCUAGGAUUUCAGAUCUAGGCUAGCCUUCACCUUUUGAUAUAAGUUUGACACUUGUUAAUUUUUCUUCUAUGAACAAGUAUGACAACAUGAUGUACCAUUUGCGGACUGAAGUGGAACACUUCAGAUUUAUAAAGCAAAUCAGUUAUUUUAAUAUUAUCUUCAGGAGAAUGGUUCCAAGACUGUUUGUCAAUAUGGAAAGGAUAUGCUUAGUAACAUUUAAGGAGCCACAGCUUAGCUGAGAACUUACAUUGAAGUUAUUUAAUCCUAUGUAAUGGUAUCACAGUAGUUUAAAUAGCAGUUCUUCAUCUGAACUGAAUUAUGAAUUGGGUGUGGUUAACAGACAACCCUACCAUAUGAACCCUUCAUAAUUUACACUGAGAUUAAAAGUUUAACACAAUGUUAAUUUCGAAGUCUAGGUGCCAGAAUUUAUCUAGCAUUAUAUUUCUUACAAAUAUUAAUUGCAAUUUCUGAUUGAAUCUGUUUGGAAAUGCAGAUAACCCUAAUGAAAGUGAAUAUUAUCAUAUCUGGACUGGAAAAAUCUGGAUGAUCAAUAGAUGACACCACUGUAAUUCUUUGUUGCCAUCUAGUGGCCAUCCAGAUUUUUCCAGCCCGGACUUGGUAGCCCUGCUUUCAUGCUAGCAUCAAAAUAAUAAAACUCUACCUUGGCUAUUCCUAUAAUAGACAGACAUUUCCACUUUGGAGAUGUUUCUGUUGCUAAAUGGAAAGAAAAUAGAAAGUAUUAAUCAACCAGGAAAUCAGCUGUGUGCUUCCUAUAUCUUCACAAUGUCCAGGAAUGAAAGGAUAUUUAUAAAUUUGGAAUUUUGCUCUAGUUGUGGUUGACUCUGAAGUCACAAAUAAUAGACUGGAGGAUUUUUUAAAAGGCAUUUUAAGUGGUUUUGAAUUUUUGUUUGUGUACAGCUAUUGAUCAUGUGCUGAUAAAGCCCCUGAUUUUACAUUUCAUUGUUUCACUACCUUUGCUGUAUUUUAUUCAGAUCAAGUAUCCAUUUUGGUAUCAGAGUCUUUCAACUCUCCGGUCUAUUUUGUAGAUUUUCCAGGUCCAAGAUCUGUCUGUCUGUCUCCUUCCCUCCCAUAUGCCACUCCAGUUAGUUCAUAUCUGCAGGCUCUGCUUCUAACAAGAAUAUUGUAGCACUGAGAUCCAUCAGAUAAAGUUGAUAUUGCCCUCCCCCUAACUCAGCGGGAGACAAAACAGCUAGGCAGCUCAGUAUUCUUGUUUAUUUUAGCACACUGUAUGUGUGUGUGAGAGAGAGAGAAAUGAAUGGAAUAGCCAUUGUGUUGUGAGGCAUCAUAAGAUUUAAAAGUAGAUGGGAGUUUUCUCUGUGUAGCAUCCUGUCAACCAUAGUAGUUCCAGGACAGUAGGAUCUUCUCAGUAAACUCUUCUUCCUUCAAAUGCAGGCAGGAGAAUAAAGUUGCAAAUUGACCCUUUAUGGACUGAUGUGAGAAGCACUCCUUCAGUAUUUUCAUGCCACUUCAGAGUUGUUAAUGAUGCAAGAAAACUAAUGUAUGCAGACCAGGGAAUCCUCUUAAGAAUCGUAUUUAGUAUAUUAAUAGAGAAUUCAUGUUCUAACAGCACUACCCAGGCACAAGAGGGAAGUAACAGCAUAUCUGGGUAACUGAGGUAUGCAGAAGUUCAGAAGGAAAAUUUUUUUUAAAAAAAGUUCAGACAAUUCUGUAAGAAUUAAGCAUGCUGUUGUCAUGGUAUGCGUGUAUCUGUAUAGAAUGGAAUAUCUUAAAAUAGAAUAAGUCAUGGUUCGCAGAAGAGAAACAUUUGCCCCAAUGUUUUCUUGCAACUCUAAUUACAUACUACAGUAGUGAAAUAAAGAUAAAACCUUUAGCAUUUCAGUUUGUGACCACCAGAUGGCAGCAAACCUUUACAGUCUUCUUGCCAAAGAAACUUAAUUGGUUACCCGGCUAUAAGAAAGUAAAGGGACAGUUAACAGGGUAACACACAGUCCAAAGCCUGCAAGCCAAAGGAAGAACUUGAACAUAAUGUACUGUAUCUUCAUCUCCAUCUAAAAUACAGGCAUCCUUCAGUGCUGACAAAUCUGAAGACAUGUAGCAGAUACUACUCCUUUUAUGGUUUUCCAGCAUGCUCGGAGGCUUACAGUGGGUUGAAGUUUCUUAACACAAAUCAUGUAUGCUGCAUUUCUAACAUUUGGAACAAUUAGCAAAUGUAUAAAAAUUACAUUUAUUAUCCCUAUAAACCAUGGACCUCUACAAAGCACUCUUGAUUAUAAUUAAGAUGGCUAUUUAAGAUGUACUUUUUAAUAACUCCUCUUCUAUAAUUGCAAUUUCAGAAUUGACAAAUGACUAUUCAGUUAAUUUUUCAAAUAGUCUUCCGGGUGGAAAGUAAUUUGGCUGCUGUUUCUGUUCUGACCCUCUUUCUGGGUUCUGGAGAAGCUUUGGAAGCAAUCAGAAGGAAGAUGCAAUUUUUAAAUAAUUUGCUAGAUAAUGUGUGUUAGCUCUAUAAACACAUUUGUUUAACUGAGUGUUUAGGCUGUGUCUCUUUUAUAUUAUGGGAAUGGGGAAAUAGCCUGCCAUCCACUUGAUAUGUCCCCAGAUUGUUAGCCGUGUGGGAAUGAGACUGAUGGCUUGAAGAAAAGAUACCUGUGCAAUGACAAAUGUCAAAGGUGUCACUGAAACUUGGUGGGGUGACACAUGGGCCUGAAACAUAGCCUUGGAAUGCUAUAACUUAUUUGAAAUGAAUGCCCUCAACAAGAAGGGAGUGUUGUGCUACAUAUGAAUAAAGCAUAUGCCUGCCCAAAAAUUCAUGAAUACUGUAAAGAGCUUUGGCGUAAGAAUAAAAGGAGAAAGAAAUCAAUGUGACAUCAUUGUGGCAUUUAUUAUAAAAUGCCUUGAGAGGCAGCAGAUACAGAUGUGGCCUUUCUGCAUCUGGUUACCA